UCUGUUAAUUACUUGUCAUAAAUGUUAACUUUUACUACAAGUUAUUCAAUACCUUUUGAAGGAAAUUUAACUUUGAAAUCUCACAUUUAGACAAAAGCUAACAAGUACAGAUAGUUCCAAAGGAAUAAGAAAAAUGGAGAUGAUGUACACAGAUAAGUAUGACAGAAAAGCUGAACUACAAGCCUUUGAUGAGACGAAAGCCGGUGUUAAGGGACUAGUGGAUGCAGGUAUCACCAAAGUACCAACCAUUUUUAUUCAACCACCACAGAGUGAAGAGGCAGAAAUUCCCAGCAACAAGGAAUUUACUUUUCCAAUUAUCGAUCUUGAUCGCGUCAAGGAAGAUCAGAUCACGCGAAAGAAGAUAGUCCAGCAAGUUGUUCGUGCAUCGGACACUUGGGGUUUCUUUCAAGUGAUCAAUCAUGGGAUUCCUAGUCAUGUUAUGGAGGAAAUGAAAGAUGGGGUUAUCAGGUUCUUUGAACAAGAUACUGAGGUGAAGAAGCAAUGGUAUUCGCGAGACUUCACAAAACAGUUUAUAUUCCAUACUAAUUUUGAUCUGUUUAAAUCACCAGUAACCAACUGGAGGGACACUUUUAAUGCCACAGUAGCUCCUAUACCUCCCAAUCCUGAAGAAUUUCCCUCUGUCUGCAGGGAUAUUCUCUUUGAGUACACAAACCAAGUGAUGAAACUAGCAUACACUAUAUUUGAACUAUUGUCUGAGGCUCUUGGCUUCAAACGAAAUCACCUCAACGAUAUGGGCUGUAGCGAGGGGCUUAUGGCUUUAGGCAAUUAUUAUCCAGCAUGCCCACAACCAGAACUUACUCUAGGCGCUGGGAAGCAUGCUGACAGUAACUUCCUCACCGUGCUUCUCCAAGACAAUAUUGGCGGCCUCCAAGUUCUACAUCAAAACCAUUGGGUAGAUGUUCCCCCUACUCCCGGAGCUCUCGUGGUCAAUAUUGGAGAUCUCUUCAGGCAACUUAUAUCAAAUGACAAGUUCAAAAGUGUUGAACAUAGAGUAGUGGCAAAUAAGGUUGGUCCAAGGAUAUCAAUGGCAUGCUUUUGCACGACAAGUUUUCUUCCAACAGAAAGGUUAUAUGGACCUAUCCAGGAGUUGAUAUCAGAACAUAAUCCUCGAAAGUACAAGGAAACCACAAUUAAGGAGUACACUACUUAUUACAGUAACAAAGGGCUGGAUGACACUUCUGCUCUGUUGCAUUUUAGACUUUAGAUUAAAUAGUUGAGCAAUUAUUGGCCUCAAUCUAAGGGGUGUGUUAAGAGUAAUUCUGAAGAUGAUAGAUAUUGUCGGCAAUAAGGUUUGUAGAACCAUGUAUGAAUAUAACAACAUCAUGUCUUUGUUAUUUUUCCGUUUGUUUUCGUUUGAUUGGCAGUUAAGAAGCAUUCAGUGAUGUUAUAUCCAUGUUAUCCUUUAUAAAUUCAUUCGGUAUUGCAGA